CCAGAAACCAGAAACCACCGUACGCGGCGGCGAUAAUGGCGACGGAUCCCGACCGCGGCAUUCUCUUCCUCAUCCUCCACUACCUCGACCAGCAGAAUCUCUCCGAAACCGCUCGCUCGCUGGAAUGCGAAACUGGAUUGUAUUUCAACAUGAGUUACUUCGAAGAAAUGUUGAAUUGCUGUGCUUAUAAUGAAGCCGAGAGUUAUCUCUGCGGAUUCACCGAUAUUCACGACAAUCUCUACUCCACCAAGAUUUACUUCGGGAUUAGGAAGCUCAAGUUCCUCGAAGCACUGGCCGAUGGAGAGCGGGAGAUUGCUCGGGAGGUGGUCGAAAACGACAUCGAAAUUUUCAGCGAAUACAACCCAGGGUUGGUCCAGCAAGCUUUUGAGCUCGUGCAAAUGGAGGAUUUUAUGCAAGUUUUCAAUUUCCGUCUCACAGGUUGCUGUCGAGCUACAAAAAUUUGAAGGAAGCAAGAAAAGUUGUAAUGGCAAAUAUCAAGAGAUGCAUCAAUGCGAAUCCGCUUUUCGAAGGGAAGCUCACUCUCCCACCGCUUCCAACAACAUUGCAGAGGCUCUACACGGAGGCGAUGGCCGGCCGUGGUUUCUUCAAUGGUCGUGAAGUACCACCGGCCACUUGUCGGAGAGAGUCGAACGAUUAAACCGUGGAAGCUUCUAGCGGUCAACUUUCCAAACGUUUUAUAUGCGUUAUUUCUUCGUGAUCUUUAACAUAGAUAAAUGUUAGAGAAAGUUAUGAUUGGAAAAGGGACAUUGUUGGCCACUUAUUUAUGGUUUUUUCUUAAUGAAAUA